CUUUUCACUUUUUCACUUUUCAACAGAUAUCAAAACUUUUAUUCAUCACCAUUUCUUGUACUACAUCUAAUAAAACAAUGCUUCACAAAAUAGCCCUCAUUGUCUUGUUGCAAACUGUAGCUCUCUUUCAAGGAUCUCAGCAAGCUCUUACUGUUUCAAUCGUGGAUAAGAAUAAUUUCUGCCUAGUCGUUCCCAAGGAUGCCCACACCAAUAUUGGAGACUCUGAAUACCCAGGAGGAGAGGCAGUUUGGUGCCAAGGUCAAGGUCAAGGUGGCAGUGGAACCUUUAAUGGACCUUUCUGGUCACAAGUAGAAGUUGCUAGACCAAAGCAGGGCGUGGUACAGAUGACCGGAUGUAUCAACAUCAAUAGUUCAGAUCGCUUCAAUGCAAAUGACGGGGGCGGUCAAUAUGACUCCAACGGUGGUGAUGGCGGAAGGGGAAAUCCCGCUGGCAGUGUUUGCAAACAGUACCCGGUUUAUGUAGAGCUCAUUGAGCCAGCUGCUAAUAGGGCUUGUAUCAGGUGUUGUCAAAACGCCGCGGAUUGCGACGUCUCACGAGAUACCUCUGGUUGUCCAAGUGUUAUACCUGGAAACUACUUUGGAUGCGCAUAAACUUCUCGUUCGACUUUCUCUUAUUGAUUUUCUGUAUUUGAAUUAUUUAUGAAUUAAUGGACAAUUUUCUUCAAUAUGAUUUGAUCCUAUUUCCGUAUUUUAAAUAAUUUACUCAUUUUUAUUCUUGCGCGUGUUGUUUGCUUUGAAAUUGCAUGCCUAAAUCGGUCCUUCUUGCUCUAA